AUUUUCAUUUAUGUUAACAUGUUUUUUUUAGAAUUCGAUUUUAAAAACUAGAUGUAAGCUUUUCUCUUUGUGAAGAACGCGAUGGAAACUAAAGAGACAACUAGUUUAGUUCCAGUAGAACUCGAAGAGGCCUUGGAAGAAGAAGAUGAGCACUUAAGUUUUCUAAGAAGAAAUGUACACAUUAGACAUAUUUUAACUUUUAUGGGCUUUCUGGGAUUUACUAUCUUGAAUAUGCUGAAAGUGAAUAUGAGUGUUGCUAUAGUAUGUAUGGUGAAUUGGAAGGAAUUAAAUACAACUGAAUUAAAUACAACUGAAUUAAAUACAACUGACACCUACGUAAUUGAAUACUUGGAUUCAACUGGAAACUUGUCACAAUACUUGAACUCAACUGAAGACGACAAUACAACUGACCCUACAACUGCUACUGCUCCAGCUAAAAACUUUUCCUACGCGGAUUGGACUUGCUCAUUCGCAGAAAAUGUUACUGUAAGAUCAGAUGACGAGGAUGGACCUUAUGCUAUAACCACAGAAAUGCAAGGUCAUAUUCUGGCCGGUUACUUCUACGGAUUGCUAGUUACCCAAUAUGCGGGGGUCUUGAUCGCUGAGAAAUUGAGUAGUAAAUAUCUUCUUCUGUGUGGUAUACUCAUUUCUUCACUGUGUACAGUUGCUACUCCAUUUAUUGCUGAUUCUAUUGGGUUUUAUUUAAUUAUUAUACAAAUCAUCAAAGGAAUUGGUAUGGGAGUCAUCAUUCCAGCUUUGAGUGUAUUGAUGGGAAAGUGGAUACCGUUAAGUGAGAGAUUUUACGCAAUGUGUCUCGUAGGCAGCGGAAUUCCGUUUGGAGGAUUCUUAGGAACUUAUCUAUCUGGAGUUAUUUGCAAUGCUAAGAACUACGGCUGGCCCUACAUAUUCUACAUCUUUUCUGGAGUAGGAUUUGUUUGGUCUUUAAUCUGGCUUAUUAUGAUUUUUGAAUCACCUUUGACUCAUCCGUACAUCACUCAUCACGAAAUGAUUAGAAUUUUGGAAAACCAAGCUAUUCUUCCACUGUCGAGAAAAACUUCUGUACCAUAUAGUUAUAUUUUUAAAUCAGGACCGGUAUGGGCUUACAUUGUUGUUGGAUUCGUUUCUUUUUGGGUUCUGAGCAUUUACACAACUCUCAUUCCAAUCUUUAUGAGUACAAUCUUGAAAUUUGGAAUUGAAAUGAAUGGAGUAUGGUCGUCGUUGCCCUACCUCGUGGAAAUGGUUGCUUACUUAUUUUGUUGUGUCCUCAAUGAUAGACUGAUGAAAGUUGGAAGAGUUCGUACUACUAAAAUUCAUAAAUGGUCAAUUUGCAUCGGUUUGUUUGCAUUUGCUGUACACAUGCUUGCCAUACCUUUCACAGGUUGUUUAAGAGUUCUUACUGUAGUAAUGCUUGUGAUAGCACUGGGUUACUUUGGACUGAUAUUUGCAUCCACUUCUUACAUACCUUUAUGUUUAUCACCACGUUAUUCAGGUUCAAUUUCUGGAAUAAUGAACACACUUGGAGCAAUAACUGGAAUAAUUGCACCUACUAUGAUGGGUUACCUUACUAUGAAACACAGGACUUUGUAUGAAUGGCAAAUCCUGUUUUUUCUGACUGCUGCCUUAGGCUUGUUGGCUCUAAUCAUCUUUGCAAUAUUUGGUUCCAGUUCACUACAGGAAUGGGAUGAUCCCGCUUUUCGCGGCGAAUCAGAUCUUGAAGAAGAAUUGGUCGUCGAAGUCGACCAGACACCUGAAGGAAAACUUGAAGUUACAUUGCAAGAUCCAGAAAAACUUUAAAGUUACAAAAAUUUUGGACAAAAG